AUGUCAGAUACCUCACUACAAUCGAGUCAAACCCCUAAAGACGAUCAACCGUCUUCAAAAAUACCAGAAAGUGUAAAGAAAAUUAUAUCAAUGGAAAAAGAGAACGAAACCAACGCUAAUCGAAAAUCCAGAAUUGAUCUCAAUGCACUGCCUACACGCCAGUAUCUAGACCAAACCGUUGUUCCUAUAUUAUUACAAGGAUUAUCAGCUUUGGCCAAAGAAAGACCACCGGAUCCGAUCAACUAUUUAGCAGCAUAUUUACUCAAGAACAAAAACACAUUUGAUAACAAUAACGCUAAUAAUAACCCAACACCAAAUCCACAAACA